UGUGUCUGCAUAAUAUAUAAGCUUGCCAAUCUUUUCCUCCGUUUGAUAUCCUGAGAGAAGCUUAAAGAAUCUUCUGCUUGUAAUAUUGUAGCCCUCUUUGAGUUGUGAUAUUAGCAAAUUUAGCACUUAAAUAGGCAGAGGUGAUGGAGACGGAGCAGCAGCCUGGGAAAGAGCAUCUGAUGGACCCUAUUCCACAAGCACUUAAUCCUGACUACAGACAAGCCAACAAGCUCCAUGGAAAGGUGGCUCUGGUGACUGGAGGCGAUUCAGGAAUCGGAAGGUCAGUUUGUUAUCUCUUCGCCCUGGAAGGCGCAACAGUAGCGUUCACAUAUGUACCGGGCCAGGAAGAAAAAGAUGCCCAUGACACCUUGAAAAAGAUCCAAGAAUUGAAAUCUGCAGAUGCAAAGGACCCUAUUGCCCUGCCUGCAGACUUAGGUUUUGAUGAAAACUGCAAAAAGGUCGUCGAUGAGGUUGUCAACAACUUUGGCCGCAUCGAUAUCUUGGUGAACAACGCAGCAGAACAACACAUGACCAGCACCAUAGAGGAAAUCGAUGAAAACAGGCUUGAGAGAGUUUUCAGAACCAACAUCUUUUCUCACUUCUUCAUGACCAGGCACGCUCUUAAGCAUAUGAAAGAAGGUAGCAGCGUUAUCAACUCUACAUCUGUGGUAGCAUACUGUGGCUCGGAUAUAUUGCUCGACUAUUGCUCAACCAAGGGAGCCAUCGUGUCCUUUACUCGAGGUCUAGCCCUCCAGCUUGUCGAAAAAGGGAUCCGUGUAAACGCCGUGGCAGCAGGGCCAGUAUGGACUCCACUGCAAGUUUCCACCAAGCCGGAGGAGUUGAUCAAGAAAAUUGGAUCGGAGACACCAAUGGGCAGGGCCGCACAGCCUCAUGAAAUAGCACCAUCUUAUGUUUUCUUGGCUUCCGACGAGUCGUCUUACUUCACUGGACAAGCUCUCCAUCCUAAUGGUGGGAUGAUUGUGAAUGCCUGAUGUGGGCUUACAGUGUCGAAAUUACCGCGAUUUGUGAAUCGGAGGAAGGCAUGAAGAGAGGAGAAUGAAAGAUCAGUGCAGAGACAAGCAUGGUGUACAGUAUCAGCUAUCAGGAAAUAAAUGGGAGUGGUUUUGUGCAUAUAGUCUGUGAUUCAGGCUUUCUUGCUGUGGGCGCUGUAUAAUACUAAUAAUGUGUAUGAGUGUACUCUAAGUUCUGUACAUGGAAAAUAAAUGCAGUCUUCUAGCGUGCUGAGUGUAUAAUUGUU